AUGCAGUCACUGAGCAGUUGUAUUCCGUCUCUUUCUGAGGAACUUUUGAAGGAACUCUCGUUGAAAUUGAUGUGUUGUGUAGAACGUGUUCAUGAAGAAGCUGAACAGUAUGGUCGUCAUGAGGAAGUUGAGGAACUACAACGUCAAAUUGAUGAACUGGAAAGUCGAGCUUCUGAAUUGGUUUGUUUUCAUCACUUGUAUGUGACGGUUUGUAAUCUUCGUGAUGCUGUUGUUGAUGAAAAUAUAUCAAUUACUCCCAUUCUGUUGAUGUAUAUACUUUAA